GGUAUAAUUGUCACCUGGGGCUGGGUUAAGUUAGUCCAGUGGAGCUCGCGGUGGAGGAGGCAGAGAAAUCAUAACGUUCAAGAUGAGGACCUUAAUCGCUUUGUGCUUCCUCGCGUUUGUUGCUGGAGCUUCUGCCGACUGUGGUGUGUGCAAAACAAUGAAAUGGGGAGUCUGCGAUGGACCUCCAUGUGCCUGUACGCUGGUGUUGGGAGUUGGAAACAAGCAGAUCGUGGACUGCAACAACUUGAUUCCUAAAUGCUUCCUGAUGAAGGCAGAAAUGCACCGUGCCAGAACUAAUCAGAGCACCAGAUCAAUCGGUGGAAAGCCAGUGGAGACUGCUUUUGUGGAUAACGACGGGAUUUAUGAUCCUGUCUGUGAUGCCAAUGGAGGCUUCAAGGCUGUCCAGUGCAACGGUACAGAAACCUGCUGGUGUGUUAACAGUGCAGGUGUCCGCAGAUCUGACAAAGGGGACAAAAACAUCAAGUGUGAACCAGUGGAGACCUACUGGGUUCGUCUUCAGUUGACCCACAAUGCAACAAGCUCCAUUCCAACUACUGAACACGUGAAGAUUGCGGUUGAAAAUGUUCUUCUGCAGCGUUAUUCCCUCCAGAAGACAUUUGUGAAGAAAGUUGAGUAUGACCCAGAUGCUCGUAUGAUUGUUGUGGACCUGGAGAAACCAAAAGGGGAUCGUAGUGUUGACCUACCCCUUGUGGGCUAUUACAUGGAGAAAGAUGUCAAGGUCCUGCCCUUGUUUAAGGAUCCAGCUCCAUUUAAACUUACUACUGCCAGCACUGAUGUCCCUCUGAAUAACAUCCUGGUGUACUAUGUUGAUGAGGUAGCUCCCACCUUCACCAUGAAGGCGCUGACCGGGGGUGUGAUUGCUGUCAUUGUGGUGGUUGUCCUGGCAGUGGUCAUUGGACUUCUUGUUCUGUUCUUCCUCAGGAGGCGAGAGCAGGCCCAGUACAACAAGACUCAGGGCAGAGAGAUGGAGCCAAUGUCAUGAAACCAGCCAUGUGCCAUUUUUUUUUUUUAAGUCUUAACACUGGACAUCUGCACACACGAGUAAAGACUUUCUUGUAUAUUUCUUAAUUUGGGUUUUUAAAGGGAUUGAACAAUGUAUGUCUGUUACAUGUGCCACAGUUGUGAACAAAACAGCUGGCUUUCAGUUACUUAAGCUAUUGUUUAGAUGGGCAACUUGGUCUUUACCUCCCAGUCAGGAUAAAGAGGGAAGUUAAUCAGUCUAAACAUGGCUCCAAUAGUUCUAGAUAUUUAAUUACAUGUUUUAAUAAAUGUUUUGUUGAAUUGAUUUAAUGUUUAUGUACAGUUUGUUGUUUUUAAUAAAAUUGUCUACUAAA